GCUCAUCGGGGCCUGGGCCUUGGGCGGCCGGAGCCGCGCGAGGGUCUGGCCUUCGGUGGGAGCUCCUCAGCGCCACGCCGCCGAUGGACCCCAGCCCGAGCCUGCGCGCUGAGAGCGGGCUCUGACCCCUUGAGCCAGUCCAGGCAGGCAACGCCAGUGGGCGGGCUGCAGAGCAUACGCGCAAUACUUUAGGAGGUGGCCGAUGCCUCCUCCGCUGCAGGGGUAGGGUCUGGCCUCGCCAUCCCUGGCGACACACCCAUCCAUGAGGGGCUGUCACCGCGUCAGUCUCUACAGGAGGUGGUGGCCCAGUAAGCCCCCUGGGGGCAGGGAGGUGGCUUGGCUGUUGCCCACAAGAGCCUGCUUUGUGACCUUGGAGGGGCCUUGUUUGAACCUUUCCUCAUCUGCAGAUAGAGCCCCUGUGGGCUGCUCUGCUGACUUCUGUGGCUGGUAGGUGGGUAGGGAAACCCUUUGCUAGUGUUAGAUGGGGUCUGGGUUGCCCCACGUGGUAGCUGAGGUAGAAGGAGGCUGGCCUUUGGUCAUGACCUGAGGGGUAGAGGUUAGAGGGCAGGGGGCAGGGGAGGUGCAAGUUCCUAGCUCUACCUGUGUAAGGAGACUUUGGGAUUUGAUUUGGUUCAACAAGUGUUGGCAGGUCUGUGGAGUUGUCCAGAGUGGUGAGGGGGCUGCCCUCUGGGAUCUGGGAUGGCUCCCCUGGAUACACCUGCUCUAGGAGCAGACCCAGGAGAGAGGGGGAUUCAAAGUCUGUGGAUAAACAGUGAAGAUCUUAGUGGUCAGGAAAGGAAGUCUUUUUGGAGGACUUGAAGCCUUGAAGGGGCUUGAGGUCAGUGAGCUACCCAGAAGGAAAGAAGGGGACUAGGUACAAGUGAACCCACACAUUUCUUACUCCCCUAGGUGGGUUUCCCUGGGGUCGGGACUGUCGUGGAGCAUUUCUAACAGUUUUCAAGCUUUGCUACUUCUUUCUGUCCUUGUUUCCCUCCUUUCUCUUCUUGGAAGCUGUCUUGUCACCUUCAGUUCUAAAUGUCUGCAGCACCGCAUCCUAGGAUGCAAAGCCCCAGUGGAAAUGAAAGUCUGGAAUGGCCCAGGGAUUUAUGUUGAUGAGGCUGCUUAACCUGACCCCCUGUGGCUUCUGACCUGGAAUCGGAUGCCAAGGGAGGAGUGAGCAAAGAAGAAGCCUGACCCACUGGCUUCUCAGUGCCUGCCUUACCAGUGGCUGCACCACCCCUCCCCACUCCAUCGUGCCUUGCAAGUAAAUGAAGCCUGGCCUCUCCUAGAUUUCUCCUCACGUUCUGCCAGCCUGCUUCAUGUAGAGGACUGGGCCCAGUGGAGGCUCUCUCCCAGGGAGAAUGGCAGCUCUUCACAAGACACCAGACUCCCCGGCUGCCCAGCUGGAGAGGGUUGAAGAUGGGUCUGAAUGUGAUGCUGAUCAGGAAGAGGAAGAAGAAGAAAGGGGGAAAGAGGAAGAGAUAGUCGUGGAAGAGGAGGAGGAGGUGGCACAGGUAGAGGAGGUAGUGGAGGUGGGGGCAGAUGUGGAAGAGGAGGAUGAUGUGGAAGAGGUCCUGGCAGAGGAGCAGAGUCCUGCAGUGGGGACCCAGGAGCAACUUAGCCAUGGUGCUGAUGCCAAGUCUCCAAUGCCUCAAGAAAAGGCCCUGCAGGCCUCCCGGCUUCCAGCCACUCCUAGGGAUGAGGACCUGGAGGAGGAAGAAGAGGAGGAUGAUGAUGAGGAGGAGGAGGAGGAGGAUGACUUUGUGACAGCUGGGUCUCAGGGGCUGGUGACCUUUGAAGAUGUGGCUGUGUACUUCUCCCUGGAAGAGUGGGAAAAGUUGGAUGUAGACCAGCGGAGUCUCUACCAGGAAGUCAUGCAGGAGAACUAUGGGAUCCUGGGGUCCUUGGGAUACCCAAUCCCCAAGCCCGAUCUAAUCUUCCGGCUGGAACAAGGGGAAGAACCGUGGGUCCCAGAUAGCCCCCGUCCUGAGGAGGGAGACAUUGUCACUGGCGUCUAUACAGGAGCCUGGUUCUGGACUGAUGACAUGGAGGACCAUGAGGAGGAAGAUGAUGAGGACUUUCUGGCAGAGGUGGCUGAGGAGGAGAAUGAGCCCCCCGGGCUGUGGUCGGCAGCCUACGGUGUGGGGGACGUACCUGGAACUUGGGGCCCGGACGACUCGGAUUCAGCACAGACUACAGAUGGGUGGGGGCCUGACCCAAGCGGCCUCGGGAUCCUGGCUGAGGGAUCUGAAGUGAAGGCCUUCCUGCCUGGCCGGGAUCUGGGUGCAAACCUCCUGUCGCCCUGGGCGUUCCCAGCCACAGUGGCUGUCCCUGCUGGCCGGCCAGAGACCACGUGUGACGUGUGCGGCAAAGUGUUUCCACACCGUUCACGGCUGGCCAAACACCAGCGCUACCACGCGGCUGUCAAGCCCUUCGGCUGCGACGAGUGUGGUAAGGGCUUCGUGUACCGCUCGCACCUGGCCAUCCAUCAACGCACGCACACUGGCGAGAAGCCCUUCCCGUGCCCGGAUUGCGGCAAGCGCUUCGUCUACAAGUCGCACCUGGUCACGCACCGGCGCAUUCACACCGGCGAACGGCCCUAUCGCUGCGCCUUCUGUGGCGCGGGAUUCGGCCGCCGCUCCUAUCUGGUGACGCACCAGCGCACGCACACGGGCGAGCGGCCCUACCCUUGCCCGCACUGCGGCCGCAGCUUCAGUCAGAGUUCGGCGCUGGCGCGGCACCAGGCAGUGCACACGGCUGACCGGCCGCACUGCUGUCCUGACUGCGGUCAGGCCUUUCGCCUCCGCGCCGACUUCCAGCGCCACCGGCGCGGUGGCGGUUGCGCGGAGCCCGGUAGCGAUGGCCCUCAGCGGGAGCCCAGCGAAGCGCCAGCUGAGGCGGGGCCCCAGGAAGUUAAAGCUGGGCCUGAAGGGCCUGAGGCGCGCGAAGUGGAUGGAGAGCCCGAGGCCGAGAGUGAGGCGCGAGAGGCGGCGGCGACAGAGGCGCCCACCCCCCGGAGCAAGGAGGACGUCGAGCCAGACAGGCGGUUCCUCGAGCUGGGCAAUGGCCUGGGGGAGGGUGAAGGCCCUUCCUCUCACCCGCUUGGCUUCCACUUUCCCGUGCACCCUAAGUCCUGGCUCCACCCGGACGGCUUCCCGAUCCUGGGCCUUCCCGACUUCCGGGAACGCCUGCCGGCAGAUGGGCGACCCAUGUCAGGACCUCUGGGGGGCCCGCUCUCUCUGGUGGAGGGCGCGGGGCUGGCCUGCGACCCCUUUGGCGUCGGCGGGGCCGGGGGUGGCGACAGUGGCGGCCUGCGCGCGUUUGGGCCCGCCGUCGGCGGCCUGCUGGCUGAGCCGGCGCCCGCCGCGCUGGCGGAAGAGGAAAGCCCGUGGAUCUGCUCAGACUGCGGCAAAACGUUCGGGCGCCGCGCUGCGUUGGCCAAGCACCAGCGCUACCACGCGGGGGAGCGGCCGCACCGCUGCGCCGACUGCGGGAAGAGCUUCGUGUAUGGCUCACACCUGGCGCGCCACCGACGCACGCACACGGGCGAGCGGCCCUUCCCCUGCCCCGAGUGCGGCGCGCGUUUCGCCCGCGGCUCGCACUUGGCGGCGCAUGUGCGCGGCCACACAGGCGAGAAACCCUUCGUGUGCGGCGUGUGCGGCGCGGGCUUCAGUCGCCGCGCUCAUCUGACGGCGCAUGGGCGCGCGCACACGGGCGAGCGGCCCUAUGCGUGUGGAGAAUGCGGCCGGCGCUUCGGGCAGAGCGCGGCGCUAACGCGUCACCAAUGGGCGCAUGCCGAAGAGAAGCCACAUCGCUGCCCCGACUGUGGCAAGGGCUUCGGCCACAGUUCGGACUUCAAACGGCACCGUCGCACGCAUACGGGAGAAAAGCCCUUCCGCUGUGCCGACUGCGGACGUGGCUUCGCGCAGCGCUCUAACCUGGCCAAGCACCGGCGGGGCCACACAGGCGAGCGGCCUUUCCCGUGCCCAGAGUGCGGCAAGCGCUUCUCACAGCGCUCGGUGCUCGUGACACACCAGCGCACGCACACGGGCGAGAGGCCCUAUGCCUGUGCCAACUGUGGUCGCCGCUUCUCGCAGAGUUCUCACCUACUCACACACAUGAAGACGCACCGCGGCGCGGCAGGCGCGCCUGGGCAGGCGGCGGCUCCGUCCCCAGCGCCCAAGGCCCAGUCGCCUGCCAGGGCUCCGCCGGGCACAGGAGCGAGCAGCGGGCUGGGGGAGCGCGGCAGCACUCUGUUGGAGUUUGCGGGCGGCACGAGCUUCGGCUCCGAGCACCAGGCGGCGUUCGCAGGGCCCUCUGGCGCCUACAAGGAGAGCGUCCUGUGAGGGUCCCUAGGCCCACGGAAGCCCAGCCUGCUAGGCCACCGGCCCCUCCCCUGGGCGGGCCCGCCCCCCGCUCCUCUGGCUUUGGAAGGCCGAGGGUCCCAGUCCUAGGUGUGGUGCCUUCCCUCAGCUCCCGGUGCACCACCCUCCGCCCCACCGCCUCGGGUUUUCUUGCCUGGCACCAGCGAGCUGGGCCGCCGUGCUCCGAGCUCAGAUGGCGGUGUGGGGAGCGCUCGGGGAGAAGAGCAGCGCGCGGAGACGGAUAGGGCAGAGGGCGGCCACCCCAACAAAGACUAUGACAUCCCAGGUCUGUGCUGUGAAGCAAAGCGGUAGGGAUGGCGGGCGACGCUGUUUAUUUUACUUGGAUUCCGAUUUGGGUGGCCCGGGGAACAAGAGGCAUCUGAGUCUAUAACUGGGGUUUACAGCAAGGGCGUGGAGCCCUUGCGUCAGUGGAGGCGGGUGGUAGACGAAAGAGCAACUGGCUACUCCGGGGAGUCCCCAUUGAUGCCUGGGCUGCUGGUGGGAUUUAGCUGAUGACUUCUUCCCAUUUCCUGGUGGGAAACUGCAGGGCCCCGCCCGUUACUUGAGGGUGUCCUAUGUUCUGAAGGUGUUAGAACCGUGCUGGGGGUGAGGAGUGGGGUGAGCUGAGCCUUGUCGGUUUCCAAAGGAUGGAGUUCCUGAGCUCUAACCCCGGGGGAUGAAGAUACAGAUGGAAAAGCUUUUAUUCUGACUAUAGAUAUUUAUUUCCAGCUCUUGUAUGGCCUGAAGAAUAUGGGAGGAGGAGAAAAAGCCAGAAACCAAAUUUGUGGUUGGGGCGGAUGGGUUACAGGUGUUUGCAGGGUCCCAAAGGAGUUUAAAGCCUUAUUCUCUGCAGUUGCUCACUCUAUUCACUCCACCUGAGCACUGAGACCAGCCAGGUGCUAGUCUUGCUGGUUUAGUCUCAGCGUCCUCACUUAAGUCCUUUGGUACUCCCACCUCUGGCAACUGGAGGUGGUAUACUCAGACAUCCUUGGGGUGCCCUGUGCAGGCUCUCCGACCUGAGCCCUGCUUUCAAUUCCCUGGGCUGUCACUUUUUCUCCAGCAGGUGGACAUGCCCAGCCCUGCUACUCUGAGCCCAAUGCUCAUUUAACAUAAAGUGACUGAGGUUGGUCAAAGGAUCUUUUCCACAUCCCACAAUUAGUGCCCUGCAAUGUCCACAGGGCCCUUUAACUCUGCUUCUCUCAUUAUCCUACGCUAGAACAAAUAUUGUUUCUGUUUAGAGUCCCAUUUAACAGAUUGGUCACUGGAGGCAGUGAGGCCCUGGUGGUUAGCAUAGUGGCUGUCCAUGUCUGGGGGAUGUGAGGACCUGAGCCUAUGGGUCAAUGACAAACCAAUCACCAAACUAUGCAAGACCCCUGCCUACUGGGCUCCCCACCCUCUAGACUGGGCUGUUAAGAGCCACUGGGCAGGCAGCUGAGGCUCAUGGGAAGCCCCCUUCCCUUUAUGCUAAGUCUUAGACCAAUGUGAGUGGGGCCACAAAACAGAUUUUGAUGCAUCUUCAUUCCUUUUUAGACCUAGUUCCUUCCAUUUUAGUGUAGACAUGGCCUUGGAGGCUGAGAGCCAGCAGCCAGGCUGCUAGGGGCUGAGGGUGGGGUAGGAGGCACAGUAGUCAGUGGGUGGGAGAGGGCCUGCGUGGUGGCGGUAAGAAUUCGCCCAACUGGAUAAGGUUGUGGGGUUGGGUGGUUAGGAGGGCAGGAAUCCCAGGGAGGCAUCAGGAGUGUGGCCUCUUUAUCCUUGGCUUCUGCGCUAUGAGACAGGAGCUUUAGAAAGGGCCAAGGUCAAGGUAUGCUGGGGAGCUUGAUGCGUCUCAGUUUUAGCCCCACGUCUCUGGGGUCUGGCACCGUCCCUGUCCCUCCUGGGCCAGCUGCCACUGCCCUGGCCUGCUGCUGUUGACAGGAGGACUUAGCUUUAAUAAAGAGUGGAGAAAUGAG